GUCGAAAGCCGAAGGACAAAAGGCUACGCAAGAAACGAAACCUUCCACCAUUUCUUGUGCCGUGAGCUUAUUCUAUCUCGAUCUCCCCCCGCUGCUGACGGGGGUUCCGUUUCUGAUGCCCCCACCGAGCAUCGAGGAUCCUCGGAUUCUUUAAUCCCACCCUGAAGACGAAAUUCCUCUCUCGCAAUUCCGGCGACGGCAAAUCUUGCUUCCGGCCAUUCGGAAUCUCUCUCUCUCUCCCCCUCAUGUGCCGAUCAAGAAAAUCCACAGACUCGAUCCAACCCAACAAGAGGAGUUCAAGAAGAUUAUCCGAAUCCUCAAGAGCACCGCCCUCUCCCUCCUUCAAAACCGCCUCAAUUGACCCCCCAUCAUCGUCCACCUUCUUCACCGUCACCUCCGGCCCCACCAGUUCCUCCUUCUUCAAAAACCUCCGCCGCCGCCACCCCGCCUCCGACUCGUCGUCCUCCCUCUCCACCACCCCGUCCUACUCCCUCCCCGCCGACCUCAGGCACCACCUCCACGACACCCCCUACAUAUACCCCUUCUCCGAGCUCUCCUCCGCCACCGGCAACUUCCUCCUCCGCCCCCUCUCCCUCUCCCCCUCCUCCUCCUCCGCCUGGCGCUGCUCCCUCCGCGGCCAGGACGUCGCCGUCUUCCGCCGCAGGCUCCGCCGCCCCAUCGGACUCCCCCGCCUCCGCGAGCUCCUCGCCGCGAUCUGCAGGAGCCACCACAGCAGCGUCGCGAAGCUGCUGGGCGCGUCGCUCUUGGAGAGCGAUGUGUAUCUGGUCUACGAGUUCGUGAAGGGCGCGAACCUCUGCGACUGCCUCAGGAACCGGGUCAACCCGGGCUACUCGCCCCUAGCGAGCUGGGCCUCGAGAAUGCAGGUCGCGACGGACGUGGCUCAUGGGUUGGAGUACAUCCACCACUGCACGGGGGUGAACGGAUCCGGCUUCCUCCAUAACCGGAUCAAGAGCUCCAGCAUCGUCAUCACCGAAGAUUCGUUGAACGCCAAGAUCUGUCAUUUCGGUACGGCGGAGCUGUGCGGCGAGGUGGUGGAGGAGGACGAGCCUCCGUGGUCCCUGGACACACCCAGACCGAUGAGGACCAACAGCGGCGCGAAGAAGUUCGAGGGAACGAGAGGCUACAUGUCGCCGGAGUUCCGUUCCACGGGAACCCCGACCCGGAAGUCCGAUGUCUACGCAUUAGGGGUCGUCGUGCUCGAGCUGCUGUCCGGGGAAGAGCCGCUGAAGUACUCCUUCGACAGAGAGAGCGGCGAUUGCAGGAGGACGAGCGUGAUAGAGGGGGCGAGGGACGCGGUGGGCGAGGGCGUGAGGCGGUGGGUGGACAAGAGGUUGAAGGACUCGUACCCGGUGGAGGUCGCCGUGAAGAUGGUGCAGCUGGCCUUGGAGUGCGUCGACGACGACCCGGAGAAGCGGCCCGAUAUGGGUCGGAUCGCGGGUCGGAUCUCGAAGUUGUAUCUGCAGUCCAAGAAGUGGGGCGAGAGGUUUGCCCUGCCCCAGGAUUUCUCGGUCUCCAUGGCACCGAGGUGACGGUGAUAGGCUCGCUUUAUUUUUUGGUCGGUCCAGACCAUAGAUUUCUCAUAUAUAUAUAUUUGUUAGAGAUUUGUGAAUAUGCAGGAUUUUUUCACAGGGUCUUUCCAUUCGGAUUUAACCAAGAAUUUGUUUUCUAAGGUUGUUUCGUUAUUA